AUGUCGCGCACCAGCGGGCUCGCCCGGCACCCGCUGCUCCUGGAGCAGGUGGGGAUCUCGUUAGUUCAUCUGGAAUCAGGAGGCACUUUGGUGUCUCCAAGUCUGAAGGAACUGCAGUUCUUUGGAAAACCUCACGGGCCACCGUUUGGGCUGGAUUUUGGCGCUUGGGAUCUUGUGGCCGAUCAACACGAGGCUAACGCACGGCCUCUGUCUCUCCCCAGGUGCUCCGUGGAUAACCGAGUGACGCGGGUGGCCUGGCUCAACCGCAGCAGCAUCCUCUACGCGGGCAACGACAAGUGGUGCCUGGACCCRCGCGUGGUGCUCCUGGCCAACACCAAGACGCAGUACAGCAUCCAGAUCCAGGACGUGGACGUGUACGACGAGGGGCCCUACACGUGCUCCGUGCAGACAGACAAUCACCCCAAGACCUCGCGCGUCCACCUCAUCGUGCAAGUGUCUCCGAAAAUCACCGAGAUCUCCUCCGACAUCUCCAUCAACGAGGGCGGCAACGUCAGCCUCACCUGCAUAGCCACGGGCAGGCCAGACCCCACCAUCACCUGGAGACACAUCUCGCCCAAAGCCGUGGGCUUCGUGAGCGAGGACGAGUACCUGGAGAUCACGGGCAUCACGCGGGAGCAGUCGGGCGAGUACGAGUGCAGCGCCUCCAACGACGUGGCCGCCCCCGUGGUGCAGCGCGUCAAGGUCACCGUCAACUACCCGCCGUACAUCUCGGACGCCAAGAGCACCGGCGUGCCCGUGGGCCAGAAGGGCGUCCUGCAGUGCGAGGCCUCCGCCGUGCCCUCRGCCCAGUUCCAGUGGUUCAAGGACGACAAGCGGCUGGCUGAAGGACAGAAAGGGCUGAAGGUGGAGAACGAAGCCUUCUUCUCCCGGCUGACCUUCUUCAACGUCUCCGAGCAGGACUACGGCAACUACACCUGCGUGGCCUCCAACCAGCUAGGGAACACCAACGCCAGCAUGAUCCUUUACGGUGAGCCCUACGAAGAGGCCACUGCCGCUCUGACACCCCGGCAAGGCCCCGGCGCCGUGCACGACGGCAACAGCGGCGCGUGGCGGCGAGCGGGCGCCCCGUGGCUGCUGCCCCUCGCGCUCGCCCUCCCGCUCCUCAAGUUUUGACCCGAGCGCCGGCCCGCGCGGUAGCGGCGGCCCCCGCGGCGCCAGCCAGCGAGCACCCCAAGGAAGGAGAAGGAGAAGAAGAAGUAUUCACCGUUCCAGAAAAUAAUCAUACGAAUUGCGAGAGUGUCCGGCCGGGCCGCCCAGGGGAGGGGGAGAGCGCAGGAAGCGCCCGCAGAGGAGGGAGCUUUGGAAAGCGCCCAGAGCCGAGGCCUCCCGCUGAAGACGCACCGUGACUGAGUCUUUUUUUCUUUCCCAUUUUCGCCCCUUCCCUCCUCGCGCCCUUCCCGGUUUCCGUUCGCGGCUCGGCGGCGGGCGCCCUCUCC